CUUGAUGCUUCGUUGGAAGCCCAUCUGACCAACUUCAAGAAAAUCUUUUUUUUUUUUCUUAUUCUACUUGGAUUUGAUUUCUCACCGAGUGUCAAAGACAGUUGUUAGGCUGAAUGCGCUUGUGACUGACCUACGCGCACUUUUUUUCCUCCGAUCUCUUCGCCGUCACCUGCACUGCUACCGUACUCAGGUAUCUAUCUAUCUAUUGGGCAAAUGACGACCACACCGUCCGAUACGAAGCGCCUGCAUAUUACUCCAUUCACCCCCGAUCUCCUACCGGCCGUGCUCCCUGCAUCGAUCAAAGCCCUAGCUACGGAAAUUUCCUUCCAUUGCAUCCCAACCUUCCCCGAAAACAACUACGGCUACGUGACCCUGCCAACCAUGGAAGCCGACAAAAUCAAAAAGAAGCUGAACGGUUCCAUUCUCAAGGGCAAGAAGUUCAAGGUCGAUACCGCUCGCCCAAAGAAAAGGUCAAGAGAUGAAGAGGAGGAAGUCGACACUGCUCCCCAGAAGUCAUCAUCCGAUAAAAAGUCUUCGAAGAAAUCCAAGAAGCUGAAAGCGGGCGAGGAAAUUCUGGAUGGCUAUGAGCUCCCGAAGGAUCGCCAAGUAAAGAGGGGCUGGACCGAGUCGGCAGAUUCGAAGCAGGAAAGGCGCAAGGAAGAGAAGAAGAAGAAGAAAAGCAAGGACGAAAAGUCCGCAAAGUCGCAGGCCAAGUCCAAGUACACCGAAAAGGCCGAAUGUCUGUUCCGAACAAAGCUACCACCCAACAAGGCCUCCGCCGACGAGGCUACAGAGACAAAGUCCAAAAAGAAGAGCAAGAAAUCUGCGCAGGAAACGGUGGUUCAUGAGUUCUCCAAAACCGUUACACAUCCGAGUUUCCUACGUUCUGGGGAUGAGCAAUCAGCCCCCACAGUUGGAUUUGAGGAGGGUAAGGGCUGGGUAGAUGAGGCAGGCAAUGUGAAAGAGACGGCCAGCGAUCGGAUAAGAAGCGAUAAGUAUAGACCAGGACAGGUAGCCGGAGCCAAGGAGAAGCGAAAGGCGACAAAGGUUGUGAAGGAUGAGUCUUCCUCUCCCAAGAAGGCCACAGGUCAAAAGAAAAAGGCCCUCGAGGAAGUAAAGUCUGAUGAGGAAUCAGAAGACUGGACCUCGUCUAGUGGGGAGAGUUCUUCUGAGGAAGAUUUCACAGACUCCGAAAGCGAUCAGGAUUCGACUGGUUCAACGGAUGAGUCGAUUGAUUCAUCCAGCAGCGAUGAUGAUACAUCAGUUCGGUCAAAUAGGCGCGAGCAAGAGGAAGUGGCUUAUGAAUCAAAGCCCGCCGUGGAUCAAAGUGCGUCAUCAAACGUGAAUGAUAACCCACCGUCCUCUCAAACUGUCCACCCACUGGAGGCACUUUUCAAGAGACCCCCGCCGGGUGCUCCUGAAGCGAAGCCUGAAACAGAGGGGGAUGCGCCGUUCAGUUUCUUUGCGCAAGACGAUUUAGAAUCGGAAGAUGAAGUGGAAGUUCAGCCGACCGAACCGCAGACGCCUUUCACCAAGAGAGAUCUGCAAGACCGAGGAUUAAGAAGCGCUGCCCCGACCCCCGACACGGCUUUGAUGGGUCGGGGAAUUAACUGGAAGACUGCGGGACGGCCUGAUCCUAUGGACAUAGAUGAUGAGACGCACCUGAAUACUCCAGUACCCAAACCCGCGCCUGGGCCCAAGGAAGACUCGGAUUUUACCAAAUGGUUCUGGGAAAAUCGGGGAGAUAACAAUCGCGCUUGGAAGAGGAGACGACGUGAGGCUGCUAAGGAGCAAAGGCAGAGGGAGAACCGCAGCAAGGGGAUGAAAGGAAAAUCUUAG